AUGCGUCGUGCAAGCGAAGCUGAAGAGGGCGCAGCGAGCGCGUGCUGGUUCGUGACGAUCAAGUGCAAGCCCAAACAGGGUCAAGCCGCUUGGGGCGCCGCUAUCGGCGAGGGUUCGUUCUACGAGAGCAUCAAGCCGGCCGGAAAAUCCACCAAAGGCAAGCAGCACUUCAUCCACACGCUUUUCAUGAGGCCUCCGCCGACAUUGCCGCCGCCGCUGUGGAGACCGCCGCACCACAGGGACGCGGUGAUCUUGCCCUACCUCCCGCUCGUGAGAGGACACAACCGCGCUCCCUGGAGGCAGACGGGACCCCUAAGCCGAGGCUUCCGGAACAAACUCGGAGUAGGUGCACUCACCGGACUGUACGACGACGGUACUCUUAACGAUGCACCGAGGGCAACCAGGCCAAUCCUGCCGCUGUCGGGGUCGGAACCAAACAGUGUUCACCCGAUAUCCGACAGCUUCGAAUGGCCCUUGCCCUACUUCAGCCGGUUGCACUGGAUGCCAGUUCUGACCAACCUGUGGAACUCUCACCUGAGUUCUGGCACGGGUCACGUUGAUGUGCCGGUCGUCAUUCAUAAAAAGAAAGUAUUCAAGAUGAAGCCGAAGCGCAAGAGAAAGCCGACGCUUAAGCCAGUAGAAGAAGAACCAGAACCCAAGUUCGCGGAAACAACGUCCGUGCACCCUACAGAGAACCCCGUCGAAAACCCCACCGCAUGGACUCUGGACGUUCCCUUAGACUGGCCGGUAGACAAGGCGACUACGGAGACGACUUUGAAGCCUGAAUCUGAGCCACCUACGGAAGAGCAUGUCCCCGAACCUCAUGAUGAGAGCACGGUGGAAUUAUGGCCCGAUCAGGCGGGCAAUGAAGUUUCACCCAACGACUCCGUUCCUUCGGACCAGCCGACUCAACCAGAGGGCGCUGAGGUUCCUCCGGUCUCCUCGGGAUCGGUUAUCAACGCGUUCAAGUUUCCGGGCCCACCCGAAGGGAAUCAGAACGACCCGAAGACUGGAAACGAAGGAACCGUGCGACCUGACGGCGCUAAGGCAGGACACACUCAAGCGCCUGGCAAGAAAGACGGCCCGCCCGAACCCGAUUCGACGAAAGAGGACCAUAGCCGUCCCCAACACGCGACCGCUUCUCAACCGCGGCCCGAGAGUGAAAUGUCCGACGCGGAAGUUUUAAAAGCGUUCAACUUUGAGCCUCCCGGCCUGACCCUGGAAAUGGCAGUGUUCUACGAUGAUGACUGCAAGAGCUCGUUCACCGAAGCGCUGGGCUCGUCGAGCAGUCUAGAGGACGCCAUCAAGACCAUCAUUUCACAGGUGCAGGUCUUCUACAAGCCACCUUGGCUGAAAAGCCCGCUACACAUCGUCAUCACAGAACUUCGCUUGCUGGAGAAAGGAGCGAAUGAGUUAUUGGAAUCGGAAGAAGCCGACAAGUUGCUUCAGGGUUUCAGCAACUUCACAGCAAAGAGGAACGCUCCCGAGGAUCAGCCUGGUCACUGGGACGUCGCACUCCUGCUCACUGGGAAGGACAUGCAUGCAGCAAGGGAGGGAAAGAAAGACACAAGCGUGCUAGGGAAGGCCUACUUGGGCGGCGUUUGUAGCGAAGGUUUUGCGACCGUCGUGGUCGAGUUCGGAUCGACCAACCCGAAGCGAAGGCCGAUGACCACGUUCGGCCUGCAGACGAGUGACGUGGCUGCUCACGAGCUGGCUCACAGGUGA